UGGGCCCUCCUCCUUCCUCGGAGGAAACUUUCCGUCCGCUCCGUUGGCGGCCUGGCCGCGGCUCCUGCGUCUCCAGGACUGGUAGCUUAACCCACAGCCGGACGGGGCGGACAGAGCUCUCUCUGUCCCUUUCCCGCCAUGGAGCCACUGGGCAGGUUGGGGGACGCUCCCUGAGCUGAAGCUGGGGUGGAGCCGAUGAGCUGCGCCGAAUAAUCCAGGUGUCUUGACCCUCCGUCUCCUGCUGACCUAUCCAGGGGCUUCCCACCCUGUACUCUCUUCAGAAGGAACAUGGAGGUCCGGAAACGAGACAUGGAACUGCUCAGUAACAGCCUGGCAGCAUUUGCGUAUGUCCGAGAUCAUCCUGAGAGUUUCGGCCUCUACUUUGUCCUGGGCAUAUGCUUUGGGCUCUUGCUGACCCUUUGCCUGCUGGUCAUACGGAUCUCUUGCCGACCCCACCCUCGGCCCUCUGGAAAAGGUCCCCAGAAAAUCUCCCGAGGAGACCCCCAGGAUGGGGAUGAAGAUGAAGACGAGGAUGACACCGACACCAUGACCCGGCUGGGCCCUGAUGAUGCCGGAUCAGGCCCAGAACUGACCACGGAGAUGGACAGUCCCCUCAGUGUCAACGUCUUCACCUCUGCGGAGGAGCUAGAACGAGCCCAGCGGCUGGAGGAACGGGAGCGGAUCCUUCGGGAAAUCUGGCGUACUGGGCAGCCCGACCUCCUCGGUACCGGUACCGGCACCGUGGGCCGGGUUCAUUAUUAUUGAUGGGUCUCCCCCCUUUCAAGGGACUUUGAGGACUGACUUGCAAAUGAGCCACCUUUUCCUUACGGCCUUGGGAGGACUCCCUCUGGCUCCCCCUGGCCUCUAGACUGGAUCAAUCCUUCCCUUGCACGGUGCUAAGGCCGGUCUCCCUCUUGGGGAACGAUCCCUCCAUUCCCCUAAUGGAUCCCCAGGAGUACGGCCUGGAAGAAGAGUCUUUUUGCUCUGGGAGCUUGAAGGUGACCAUUGGAAGCUGCCUUAGGGGCUCUCCAUAAACAGCCCUGCUCUAGAAUAGAAGAAACUCACGGCUAAUCUUCAGGUUUAUGGGGAGCACAAAGGGAUCAGUCCCUAAAAGUCUUACUUGGGGUGAAAAGGGGCUCAAGUAGGGAGGGGGACCCCUGGCUUUCCCUUCUGUGAGUGGGGGCUGGACUGAAAGCUGAAAAGGGAUAUGCCCCUAGAAGCCCCGGAGCCCACCCCCCGGAGGACAAACCUUCUCCCCGCCCCCAAACCCAUUUAGCAGAUCUUCCUUAGAAAAAUGUUUUGUGCCUUUAUUCUGCCCCGCCCCAUUUCCUCCUUCUUUCCCAGGCUUUGGAAGGACCCUGACCUUGAGGGCUUGGCUAAGAUUGGCUAUAUGUAGCAUGAC